UUGUAAAACCGCCAACACCAUGUCAUAUUCUCUUCAACUAAAAUACGCCCCCACGUAUCCUCGAGCUCUCUCCAAAAUCAGAAGAAGCUGAUUCACAUUUUUUUCAGCCAUGGAAGCUGCGUCGUUUUGCUCCAGUUAUAGACUCCCCUACACUUUCCCUCUCCCUCCAAUCCGUACAGUUGGAAACUUGUGGAAACUACGUCGUUUUGCUUCGUAUUCUUCCUCUUCUUCUAUCAGUGCUAACGGUCAUCUUUCAGCUUCAGUCCGCGGCAGCAGAAGCUGCAGCAAGACGACGUCGUCAUCCUCACUCUCAUCUUCAAUGAGGAUAAUUUGCGGUAAGGUACAGGAGAUUAAAGAGAGUGAGUUCUCCGACGUCGUUUUGAAGUCCAGUACUCCUGUCCUUGUCGAAUUCGUUGCCACGUGGUGCGGCCCCUGCCGUUUGAUCGCUCCCGCCGUCGAAUCUCUUGCUCAGGAGUAUGAUGAAAAACUAAAGGUUGUGAAAAUUGACCAUGAUUCAAAUCCUCGACUUAUUGAAGAAUACAAGGUGUAUGGGUUACCAACAUUGAUUCUCUUCACAAAUGGGAAGGAAGUCCCAGAGAGCAGGAGGGAAGGUGCAAUAACAAAAGUAAAGCUCAAGGAGUAUGUCGACGGCCUUCUGGAGACAGUAUCUGUCUCAUGAUCUUCAGCUGAUUGUUCUUUAAUUUAUGACAUGGCAAGAAAUAUUUGUAAGUAGGGCUAUUUUUGUAGCAAACUAUAUGGGAUCUAACCAAAGGUGAAUUAAUUGUAUAUCCAUGUAUGUAAAAUCAUCCUGUUGCCUUGGCUUGAUGCUGUCAAAUCUUAUGCAUCGUGCUGUGUGUGAAUGAGCUCAAAUUAUAUAGCGGCUCAAAUUAUAUAGCGGUUGGUAAACAGUAACUUCUGUUGGUUCAAAAGGCUACUCAGAUUGAUAUAGUGCCAGUGACUUUCUGCAAUAAGAAUCACUCAUUUUUUGAAUGA